GUUGCCUUGACAUGCAGACGUGAUUUACAACAGCGUCAUGCUGCAUCUGAAACCGGGCAGCAGCGAAAACGAAAGCAGGAUUUGGAAAGAAAGCUUGAUAUUUGGAUGAUUCUUAAUAAUUUCGCGAGGCUUGUUGACAGCGUUCCGCAGAGACUUGGAUAACCGAACGCCACUUUCCUCUGUGCGCCAUGCGCGGAUCACACUGAGCAUUCUUAUGAGAAAAAAUACACCGGGAGAAGAAUCUAGGGGAUGCAUUUGGAGAAUUACGUCCCUUUUUUGUGCAUCGUGCCACUGUACUUGUCAAGUUGUGUGAUCGGAUUCUUCUAAGACUGGCAUGAAUUCCCUGGAUUUGGCUUGGUUAUUGUCUGCGCUUACUGCGGUACUCUUUUUGUCUGUAACUUGAAAAAAAAAAGCUUCCCUCGCUUCGAAGACAUGGAUAAGGAGUUCUGAAACGGGAUUUUUAACCCUUUUAAUCUGGAGUUGGAGGUAAAUAACAUUGGACCAGCUUCGACUGCACGGUUAUACAUGCAGCACUAAACCGGAUAGCACAUCCAGGUCCGGGAGAGUAAAGGGCAGGUGCGCUUUGGAGUCGGCGGCUGCGCGGAGAGACCGGGCUAGUGGAUUAGGACGGUACCUGUCUGUGGAGAGCGCGUCAUGCGGACUCGGGUGUCGCGCAGUAGAAGCCAUUAAAACCUGUAGGCUGGAGCUGACAGAUAAGCGGAUAUGGGCUCUGCUCUGCGGCGUCGCUGGCUAGUGGUCCAACUCCUGAUGCAGGUGUGGCUGGCGGCAAAUCCAUCUUUGAGCGAGCGCCAAUGCCCCAAGAGCUGUCGCUGUGAUGGGAAAAUUGUCUACUGUGAGUCAAGCGCCUUUCGAGAUGUCCCCAAGAACCUCUCUGGAGGCUGUGAAGGCCUGUCUUUACGGUACAACAGCCUCGUCAGUCUUCGAGCAGGCCAGUUUGUAGGCCUCAACCACCUCAUCUGGCUCUACUUGGACCACAAUUACAUUGCCACUGUGGAUGUAAUGGCCUUUCAGGGGGUCCGCAGGCUCAAGGAGCUGAUCCUGAGUUCCAACAAGAUCACGUCCCUCCACAACACCACAUUCCACCCUGUCCCUAAUUUGCGAAAUCUGGACCUGUCGUAUAACAAACUGCAAGCCUUGCAGCCUGGGCAGUUCCAGGGCCUACGGAAGCUUCUCAGCCUACACAUACGGUCAAAUUCCCUUAAAACCGUCCCAAUGCGUCUUUUCCAAGAUUGCAGAAAUCUUGAGUUUCUGGAUCUGGGAUACAACCGCCUGCGCAGUAUCACCCGGAAUGCAUUUUCAGGCCUAGUGAAGCUCACUGAGCUGCAUCUGGAGCAUAAUCAGUUCUCAAAGAUCAAUUUCUCACACUUCCCUCGCCUCUACAAUCUGCGGGCGCUUUACCUGCAGUGGAAUCGCAUUCGCUCAAUGAGCCAGGGCCUGACCUGGACUUGGGCCUCCAUCCAGAAACUGGAUCUGUCUGGAAAUGAUUUGAUGGAAGUUGAUGCUGUGGUUUACCAAUGCCUACCCAACCUCCAGACCCUCAAUCUGGACUCCAACAAGCUGACCAACAUCUCCCAGGAGGUGGCUGAUGCCUGGAUCUCUCUGACAACGAUUAGCCUAGCUGGGAAUGUAUGGGACUGUAGCCCUGCGAUCUGUCCUCUGGUGUCAUGGCUGAGGAAUUUCAAAGGUGCAAAGGAGACCACGAUGAUCUGCGCCUCCCCCAAGAAAGCCCAGGGUGAGAAAGUGAUGGACGCUGUCGAAGCUUUUGGUGUUUGUCAAUCGAACCAACCGGCAACGCUCACUGUGAGUAUUCCUCCAUCCCCGUCCAGCAUCCCUGUGCAGACUGAACGCCGCCCAGCUAUUCUGGCUUUUCCCACUAGUCCUGGAAAGAGAGGAGAGGGGUCUAUCAGAGGCCCCACAUUGUCAGCUGUUACCCCCCCUGUGGCACCUCCGCCAGAACAAGACAUGGAACCCGUGUCCUUCCAUAAGAUUGUGGCUGGAAGCGUCGCCCUUUUUCUAUCGGUUGCCAUGAUCCUGUUGGUUAUCUACGUGUCUUGGAAGCGCUAUCCUAGUAGCGUCAAGCAGCUGCAGGAGCAUUCGGCAGCAGCCCGCAAACGUCGCAAGAAAGCCAGAGAGACGGAGCGCACCCUGAGCUCUCCACUGCAGGAGUACUAUGUGGACUACAAGCCCACCAAUUCUGAGGCCAUGGACGUGCUCGUGAACGGGACCGGACCCUGCACCUACACCAUCUCAGGCUCCCGAGAAUGCGAGGUCCCCCACCAGUUGGGCGCGCUGACCUUCUACCGCUAUGAACAGCCUAUCGUUGACUACUGCCAGGCCCAUCAACCCCUGCGGCUCAACAUGGGCUAUGAGGGACCCCCACAGGGCCUGGAGGGCCUGGAUGACCUGGGGCCGUGUGAUAGGGGCACCAUUCAGACAGUGGCGCUGCCUGCCGUGCCCACUGCCGCCAGCAUAUGUGCCUCCGUGCCAGGGCCUCGUUCUCCUCCGCCAAUCCUCAGACCUCCGACUGAAGGUCCAAGUGGCGUGUCUUAUCCUACCAUCGAACGCACCGGCACACUCAAAUUCGGACGUUAGUGAGCCGGAUCUGGUGGUUAGAAAGUGGGGCAAGGGCCUCUGACUCACCGUGACUUUGUAAUGAAGGGGCAGGUGAGCUGGUUAUUCAGUGGGGCCUUGUCCUCAGAACAUGAGUAUGUGAACUAGAGGACAACACUUUUCUAAUUCCGCCUGAAGGGACUUGGAAUCUGAAACACACAGUCUCACUAAUAUACAGCAGAGCGUGGAACAUCCUUGCAGAUCAUUUUGUUUUGUUUUUUCCAAAGUACCCCAUAUAAAACACGUCUGAAUCAUGGGAGGUAAUCCAGCGUAUGUCAAAAAGUAUUACCUUGUUUCCAAAUCUGGGUCUUGGCCAUAUCCCAUCAUGGGGCCCCUGUUCACAGCAGUCCACGUGUACUAAGUCUGGAAUAAAAGGGAAAGUGCAAUAAACAUGAGUUCUCCAUCCCAGAAAGUGGGAGCAGUAACAUAAAACAUAAACGAGAUGGGAGCUGGACAUCAUGUGAAGAGGAUGGGGCUUCUUACUGUGAUUAGUUUUAAAAUAUUAACUCUGUAUAGUUGUUAAAAAAAAGGCAAAUACAAUAAUCAUUUAUUUCACAAAGAUGAGUCAUUCUCUCAAGACAAUGUUAUAGCAUUUGUAUUUCUUUAAACUUGUUUUCUUAUGUUUCUGUUGACGUAGGACUUCACGUUGAUUUAUAUUAUGUGCAUGUCAAACCAAAGAGUUUACUUACAUUUCUUGUUAAAUAUAUCAGAGCAUUCUUAAAAUGGUCUUCUAAACCAGCCCCUGCCAACUUACAUUCACAUUUUCAACCACAUCCCGUGCUGUGUUCCAAUGAAAUGGGCUUUGCUUUACAGCUUAGCAAAGUACCAACACACGUGAGAUAGUGAAGCUUACAUUUUAGAGAUAUUUAUCAUAAUAAUGACCUGGUCCUCCCAACAUUAAUUUUAUUGUAAUUCAUGAUCUUGGAGACACAAUGAACAGCAACAACCACACAAUCACUUCUGGAGAGACAUAAUGGUAUGUUCCAUAAGAUUCAAUGAACAUCCAUGGGAUCUUUUCACAGCAGGUCUUUGUAUAUGAUUAUAUCCCAGCUGAACAAUUCACUAUUUGCUUUAAAGAGGUAACCAUUGGGAUUUGAUGUGGUUAAACAUUGGAAUGCAAAGUAUUGUACAUAUUCUAAGGUCCACUUUACUGACGGUCAAACCACUCUCACUGCCCCAAACAGACAACUAAAACAAAGUCAAUGUGCGACUGGACAAUUUGGAGUGCACCAUCUUGCAGGGUUCCGAAAAAAGCUAAGGCCUUGUGCUCCCAUCAACCCUCCACUACAGAGAGCAGCAGUGUCUAGUGGGGGCAUGUUGAACCAGCACGUUGACUUGUCUUUAACCUGCGUAUGAACCCAUGGACUGUAUGCGUGUGGGGGUAUUGCCUGACAGUUUCCUUUUUUUUCCAGAAGGCUUGCCUGAAGUGUUGGACUUGAUUGCACUUGCAGGCCUUUGGUCACCGUGCCAAUCACUGCUACUCACUGACUUGUGAAGUUAAUGAGGACUUCAGAAACGGCUGUGUCAAAUAUCAUCUGCAGAUUAAUCGGAGCAGUGCAACCAGGGGCGAUUCCUUCAUGUCAGUGGUCGUUCCCAAGGGAGUUGUGGAAACUGUGCUUGGUCCUCCCACGGUGUGACUGAUUGAUCUACAUGAAAUUGCAAGGGGCCAAAUGUACCCACAGAUAGUGGAUGUAUCCUCAAGAUAAUAGAGGUUUUUUGAUCUUUUUGGCUUGGAACAUAAAAUACUCGUGUUCAAAGAUGAUGUCAAGAAAUUCUAUAAGACUAAUCAAAGGACAAAAUCGAAUAGAACUUAUUUAUCGUGUAAAUAGUGAAUCUUUAAAGAUGUUGAAAAAAAAAGUAUGAACUUCACUUCUUCUGAAACACAUACUGCUUGUGAACAGAAGAGGAGCCUUAUUCACUUUCCGGCGGGAACCAAGAUGACUCUGAGAAGAGGUUCCUACUGUACCGCUCUUGUUGUUUCAAUGAUAACUAUUUUUAUAUCUGCUCCCGACACUAUUGUACCAUUAAACACUAAUUAUGUUACUGAGGCUAUUUCUCAAAUCCAAUCAUUUUACUGAAUCACAGGAAGAAGGGAAUUUCGGGAGCCCUGUUAUUAUGACAUACCGCAAGCGUCAAACCUCACAGAGAUCCACAUUUUCUGUUCUGAAUUCAGACAUGGUUCCUCUUGCAGGAGGUGUCAUCACAAUGUGUUGUUAGGUACAUCCCAAUCCAACCCUCUUGUUGUAGAAUUACAACGGUAUCUGCCAUUUCACGGCAAGUGUGCUUUUCUUUUCACCAAGAGUUUAACUUGGGAAGGAUGUUUCUUUUUGAUGUGCCAUAAUUUUGUUAAAUGUUUUACCAAAAACCAGCCCCAAAACAAGAAGUGAACGAAAACUUUUCACGUCUGAGAAGGGUUCAGUCCCCUCUGUGUACAGGACAUUGCAUAAAAAAAGCCGUUGAUUGGCUCAGUAUGGUUGCUUAAUAGUGCUGGUGGAGUUGACUUUGUAAUAGCAGGUGUGCCAAUGUCUUUAUAAUGGGAGCUCUCUCGAUUCUAUCCAUGUAUUGUCUUGCCUUGCUCUAUAUCGCCCCUGCUAACUCCUUGGCCUGAAUUUCAUGUCUGCCUCCGGGUGACUCGGGUGAACCUGUUUAAUGAUGUUCUAUUUCUGUCCGCAUGCUGAUAUUUUGGGAAACUAUGCCCGGUUAGGGAAGAGCGCUGAACCAGAGACAAACAAUAUGGGAGAUAUUUCCUGUCUGGAAUGCCCUAGAACCAGCAGCACGUGUCACGGAGGACUUCACUGUUUGCUGACCCAUUCCUGCCCCUUUCUCGCCUAAAGUAGAAUUCCCUGGUACAAUAAAAGCCGGAAAAAGAGGCCUGAGUCGGGCCUUCACUCCCGGGACAGCCUUCCCUUUUUCUUUUUUUUUAUUGGUCUCCUGCUAAAGCCCAGUGCCCCAUAUGUAGUAGUUACUUCAGCAGUGAUAAUGGUUCAAUUCAGUCUAAACACGAUGAUCAAAGCUACCUUCAUGUGUAAUUAGGAAAGGCUAUUAAAACCUUUGUCUAUUCACAAUUAAAUCAACUACUAAUAAGCAAUUGAUUAAUCAUGAUUUCCGCCCAGAUAAAAUCGUAUAUGUUCAGCAGAAUGUUCCAAUCCGGCUGCCAGUAAUUAUUUCGUCCAUUUUCUUUUUCGCCAUCAGAGAGCUGGAAGCACAGGCGCUGCAUGCUAAUGAUGCAUGUUUGAGCUGAACCCCAGGACUGUCUGCGCUAGCCCCACCAACAGGCUUUAUUUUCUCUUCUGCCUUGUUUGUUUAUGGUUUGGUACACCCCGAGAUCCACCACCCCCCCCCCCCCCCCCCCGCACCCCCCAUCCUCCAGUCUUUACGUUUGGUCCCCAUUGGAAACAUUUGUCUUUUUUACCCGUCUCUUUUAUUUUUGCUUCUGGGGAGUUGAAUAAAGUUCGAAAGGAUUUGCAGAUAAAAGUUCCAUAUUUCACAGUUAAUACGCAGUGGAAAAGCUAAAUGCAAAUCUCCAAGGAAAAAAGAGGGAGGGAGCAAGAGAUGUUGUGCAAUUUAGAGUACUAGCAACAAGUACAGGGACAAAGGCAAAGUGCAAGGACAUAUUACAUUAGAAUGAAGGCACUGUGACGUUUCUGAAUGUCCCAGUCAGCAUUAUUUCCAACAUGAGACGUGACACAAACUGCUUUAGCCAAUCUUGGAUACCAGUGUCAUACACAUAAGUAUACAUAUGGCACACGGACAGAAUAAGAACCCACAAUCAAAUCAACUCUAAUUGUCUAAACUGUACGCAGAUUGUUUGCUUUGAUAUACGCAAAUCCAAUCAGUAAAUCCCAUUGCUUUUUGUCAAGGGACCUCUUGCGAUGCUAGGGUAUGGCCUACAAAAAAACGUCAUCACUGCACCUCUGUAUUUUGUUUUAAACUGCAGAAAAAACUAACAUUUAUACACAUACACCAACAAAAUAACCAUGAAAAAGGGCAACAAGCGCCUUGAUAGAUGAUAAUAACGUACUGCAGCUCUUGACGCUCCCAUCCAUUUCAGAACACCCAAGGCCAUCUGCAACGCUUCAGUAGGUUCUAUUCCAUUACCUCAUAAAUAGAUUUGAACAAAUUAAUUCCAAGCCAGACGAGGAGUUGCAGCUUUUCUUCCUUUUAACAUACAUCUGUGUCUUACCCACAGGCGGCAUCGGGGCAUACCCAUACAACUCACAGUCAGUACGUAAACACGCAGAUAGGGGGGCUAAGCAGGGAAAUAUGAAAAAAAGUAAGCUUAUUCUCCCAUCUGCCACUUCUAGACUCCUAAUUUAAGUUCUUGUGUGCCGUUGGUGUGUGUGCAGACUGCACAGUGGUAAGAAUUAAUAACUUUCUCAUGCUGAAAGGUAGAAAACAGAGACUCCAUGCAUUGCUAGUUAGUUAGCUACCCCGCAUGUACCCAAAUGGCCUGCGAGUGUGUGUGUGUGUGUGUGUGUGUGUGUGUGUGUGUGUGUGUGUGUGUGUGUGUGUGUGUGUGUGUGUGUGUGUGUGUGUGUGUGUGUGUGUGUGUGUGUGUGUGUGUGUGUGUGUGUGUGUGUGUGUGUGUGUGUGUGUGUGUGUGUGUGUGUGUGUGUGUGUGUGUGUGUGUGUGUGUGUGUGUGUGUGUGUGUGUGUGUCUAAAGCAGCACCUUGUCCUCUACCUCCUCUGAACCAACGCCACCAUUACUGAUGUUCAGGCCAACACAAUCCCCAUUGAUUGUUAGUGUUCCACGCUGUUUCACAUUAGCAGGAAGUCUUUAACCUGUGACCCACAUUGUCCUGACUCUGUUUUUCUGCAAUUGCUCAUGUCAGAGGGAACACAGAAAGUGAAGGCAUGAUCAUUAACCUCUGUCAGGGAUACACACUUUUCCGUUUGUCUGACAAAGCCCCCUUUACGCCCCUAAUUGUAUUUAAUGUGAGCACCGUAGAAAAGGAAGCUUUUUUUAUUUAAAUGGCCUGCAUUCUAGUCUUGCUGUUGGAUUGAGAGUGCAGUGAGAGAGAAAAGCAGAGGGAAACUGAUAGAAGCAAUAUCAGAAUUAUUCUUCGUAGGCUUACAGGCUAAAAGCACUUUCCAGAUUGUUUUUUCUUUUAAGCUGCCAAGCUUCCCAUACAAACCAGGGGAUCCCCGCUCCUUCUCAUUCAUUUCCUGCAGAGAGCAUUGGUUUCUGCAGGGUGUAAAUAUGCGCUGCAUUGUUUUUCUUUUUGGGUUUUCUUUUUUGGUAGUUGGUUUGUUGUUGAGGUUUUUUUUUUUCUUAUUUGGAUUAUUGUUCUUUUUACUGUAUUCAGACUUAACGCAUUUUUGUGGAGACCUGGUCCAAGCGCAAAAAUAUGGCUCCUCUUUGAGUAUAUUAUUGUCAGAAAAUGUUUUGUAAAAAUGUUGAUGAUGAUAUCAGAAAUAAACAUCUAAAGAUGAGA